CAUCUCCAGCCUUUCUCUUUUCCUCACUCUCAUCUUACUAUCCUACUUUGCUUUACUUGAUAUAGAAUUCAUUACAUUUCUGACCACUGCAAAAUGCCUGUUACCCCGAUCAACUCACACGCCGAGUUCCAAGAACUCAUGGACAGCGAUAAGCCUGUUAUCAUUGAUUUCUGGGCGCCCUGGUGUGGUCCAUGCCGGACGAUCUCGCCCUUUGUCGAUUCCUUCGCCGACAAGCCGGAAUGCAGCAAGAUUGGAUUCUACAAGGUUGAUGUGGAUCAGCAGCAAGAAAUAUCCGAGGAGGUGGGCAUCAAAGCAAUGCCGACCUUUGCUCUGUUCAAAAAAGGCUCCAAAGUGGAUGAAUUUAUGGGAGCCGAUCGCAUCAAGCUGAUAGAGAUGGUUAACAAGGGCGUUGCUCUCUAAUCAUCAGCAUGUUUGUGGACAGGGA